UCCUUCAUCCCCUUCCUCCCAUUUGUCGCCUUCCCCUGCCUCCUCCCUUGCCUUCUCCUCCUCCCCCUUCCUGCCUCUUGUCCUCUUCUCUCUCUCUCUCUCUCUCGCGCGCGCUCGCUGAAUCCUCCAGGCGUAGAGAUGGCGCCCCUCAAGGAGCUUCUCGCGCAGGAUAGCUUCUGGAGGAGGAGGACGAAGACGAGACCCGCAGCAGUAACACGAGCUAAGAGUAUGCCGCCUAACCCCGGGGAACGCAAAGGAAAGGCCAGAAGUCAUGAAGUCGCCUAUGAGAAGUCGAACACUGUCACACUGCAGGAAGAGGCAGUGUGUUUCGAGGUGGAUAUGCAGCCAGCAAUCUGCGAUACUUCAACCCAGGCUGUGGUUUCCAUCUUAACCGGCUACGUCGAAGCCUUCCUCAAGCAUGAAAGCUUCCGUGCAUCGCUUCGUCGUCGUUGUAACGCUUGCCUCGGCAUCGCAAGCGAGCUUGGAGUCUUCGCCGAGCUCGAAGAAGCCAUUGCGAUGAUAGAGAGGGUGGUUGAAGAGCGCAGGGGCGUGAAGAAACUACCGAAAGUUUCUCUAAAGCUCAGCGUCAUCUCAGGGUUCACUGCUGGUUUUCCCAGCUCACGUCUCUCAGCGUGCGCCCAUCUCUACCUCAGUGUGAUCUGCAAGAUACGGAAGGAGGAUAGGAUGACCGCGGAUCAUCUUCUCCAGGUCUUCUGCACCGCGCCACUGGAAGCACGGACGAUCCUAUUACCCGACUUGUGGAACCAGCUUUUCCUUCCACAUCUCUCUCAUCUGAAGGCAUGGCAUAAAAAAGAAGUGGAAUCCAUCGCGCAAACGCCGUGCGGGGCGAAGAAGAUGAAGCUGCUUGAUAAAAUGUAUGAUGAUGUGAUGAACAGAGGCACACACAUCUUUGCAGUUUACUACAAGGAAUGGCUUAUCGAGGCGAAGAAAGCUCCUUCACUUCCCUCCAUUGACGCCCCUUCUGCAUCUUCUUCAAGAAUGAUACAACGAGUAUCUCAUGCAAUCCAUCGGGACGACGUUUACAGCCCAAUGGUGAGCCAAAAGUCCUAUGAGGCUGUUCUUGGCCAGUUGAAGAGAAUGGAGGCAGCUAAUGAACUGAGAAUUAAAGGAAGUGAUAGGGAAGAGGAGAGAAAGAAGGAAAUUGAAGUGGAUCAGAGUGUUUUAGGAGAAUAUAAGGGAUCCAAGAUGAUCAAUCCUUAUUCAGGAAAAAGAGAUCAUUUAGGUGGAGAAUCACAGCAAAGUCAGAGGCUAAAUGCAUAUUCUAAUGCUAAAACAAAUGAGCAUACUCUUGGUGAACUGGCACAAGCAAUCUUUGAAAUGAAUGCAGUUGAUUGUUCUUCAGCCUGCAACAACUGCCAAGAUAACAAUGUAUCAUUAAGCAAAGUCCAGAUUACAGAACCUGACUUGAAGAAAACAGCACAUUUGUGUAGGAAAUCUGAUCAAAAAUCACCAGUGCAGAGCAUUAGUGCAGAGCCAUUUGAUGAUUGUGAAGACAUUGGUUUCUGCUGCAUUUUCUCAAAUGAUUCUAAAGAUUAUGUGUGUCCCUUAAAAGGUCAGCUCUUUAAAGAACCUGUAACCAUAGAAACUGAGCAUAUAUUUGAGAGUGUGGCCAUGAAAGAGUGUCUCAAUCAAGCAAAAGCCAGUCCUGUAACAGGACAGCAGCUGAGCUGCCAAUCUGUGCCAGAUACCAACUCUGUGUUGAAUCAAUUGGUCGAUGGCUGGGUAUCUGAGAAUUGUUGGAAUCUCCUGAUCAUUAUGGCACAAUUAACUAAAAAUGAAACUGAAGGAGACAAGAAAUCCAAGGAUGAUUUAGCAUUAGAAAUCGUUGACAGGCUUCUUGCAGGUUGUGGCAAAGAGGAACAGAUGGAAAAUGCAAGAAACCUCAUUGCUCUUGGCGGUUUACGAUUUCUGAUACACAGGUUUGAAACAGGGAGCUUCAAUGUGAAAACGCGUGUCAUUGGAUUCUUGUUGUGCUGCAUCAACGCGAAAGGCUGGUGCAGGAAUUACUUGGCAGAUAACCUGAAAAGAUCUUCUGUUCUUGAGCUUCUCCAUAGCAAGCAAAUUAGUGCGAGGACCAAUGCAGUGUUACUGCUAAUUGAACUGAUUUGUUUGAGUAGAAGAAGAGACAUCACAUCAUUCUUAAGUGGGUUGCUGAAGGAGACAAUUGCAAACACAAUGCAUGCGUUGCUUGUGCAUCUUUAUAGCUUACCAGCACAAGAAAAAGCUUUGGUUGCUGUUCUUCUGCUUCAUUUUGAUCUUGUGCUUGGGACAAGUAAAAGGAGCAUAUACAAGAAAGAGGCUGUUGAUGGCAUUACUCUAUCUCUUAAUUGUUGUUUGUCUGACAAAAGAGCUAUACCAAACUCUCAGAGGGCUCUUCUCAUGUUGGGAGGACACUUCUCCAAAUCUGGAGAGAUUCUGAUAGAUUCCUGGCUACUUCAGCAAGGAGGAUUCAUCGAUGGCUUGUUCAAUACAAUUAACUAUGAUGAUAAUAAGGAUGAUGAAGAUUUAUUGGAAGAUGAAGCAAAGCAAAAGGAAAAGUGGCUAAAGGAUGUAACCCUUGUCCUCAUCGGCAAUGGAAGGAAAUCAUUCAUGGAGACUCUUUCCAGGUGUUUGGUUUCUGGAAUCCAAGGUCUUGUGAGGACAUGUCUGGUGACAGCAGCAUGGAUGAGCCAUGCUUUAGUGUUGCUAUCUUCUAGCCAUCAGAUUCCAUCAGCUGUGUUCUCAGAUUUCAUCCCUCAGCUGAAACAAAGAUUGGAAGAAGAUGAUCAGAUUGAGCAUAGGAUACUUGCUUCAGUCUCUCUACUAAAUUUGAGCAAGGUUUCAGGUGACCAAAACUGAAAGACAUUUAAUCACUGGAUAAAGAUCUUUUGGUACAUCUCAAAAAACAUUAACAUAUAUUUAAUCUUCAUAUCACAAUUUUCCAAUAAAGGAUUAUAGUUUGAUGUAAU